AUGCGCGAUUCCCUAACUCUACCCUUCACCGAGGAACCAUUCGACAGGACAACGCAUUCCGAUGACCUGGCGUCUCUCCUACCGGCCUGCUACGGAGACGCCCUGAUGCCCCCAUCAGGAGCCGUCAACUUCUGGUCACCCGCCGAUAGCAUAACAACAUUCAUCCAGCUCGACCUGUCCGUAGAGCGACUGACCCGAAUACAAGAGUAUCUCUGGUUCGCAAAGACUCUCUCCCCACCGCAACCCCUAAGCACAAUCAUCUCCCUCUCGCACAAGAUCGUCCUCGACGAAAACAUCGCAACGCAUCUAGUCUGGACAGACCGAACACACAUCCACCUAAAGCCCUUUCCCCGGUAUCUCCUCGACAGCCGAUUCUGGACCGCGUACCUCCUCUGCAACGCGACAUGCCCAAGCCAAGCGCAAGGAACACAAGCACAACCACUCUGUCCACACAAACCCCUCUACAAAGACGCCCUCGGCUUCCUCUUCUCGUAUCUCACACUCGUCCGCUUCGAAAGCGACUUCCGCAUCGCGCAGGACCACGCCCUUCUCCCUCCAGAUCUAACCUGGGAAUCCUGGCGAAGUAUAGCGCAGCAAUGCCUCCAACGCGGCGCCAUCACCUCCACAACUAUAAACCCGCGGUACACCUUCGGCGCACUCCGCCUAUCACGCCUAGACAAGAUCUAUGCGCUUCGCUACGGCGACGUCCUCCGCGGGUACCUGGGGCAGUAUAAGACCACGACCGAGCUCUUCCGCGAGAAUGUGGCGCCUAUCAGUGCUGCGACGAUCUACAUCGCGCUUGUCCUGACGGCGAUGCAGGUUGGUCUGGCGACGGAGGCGUUAAGUGGGAAUCAGGCGUUCCAGAAUGCGUCGUAUGGGUUUACGGUGUUUGCGAUUUUGGGACCCCUGGUUGUGAUUAUGGCGGUUUAUGUGAUUGGGGCGGCGGAGGUGGUCAGUACGCGUGUUUUUGGGGUGCUUAGGGCACGGAGGUAUGGGAGGAGGGUUGGGGGUGGAGAUGGGGAUGGCCUGAGGGCGCAGAGGGAUUUUUUGAGGGAGGUUAGGGGGGAUGUUUAG